CUUCUGCUCCUCGGCGAUCGAGCUGAUUUCUUUUUUUUUUUUUUUUGGAAUAUAUAUAAACUUUCUUUCCUAUAAAUUCCUCCAGUUUUCUAGAGAAAAUGGAGAAGCUGAGUAACUUUCUCGAGGUCUCAAAACCCUACUUUGCCAUGAUCUCUUUACAAUUCGGCUACGCCGGCAUGAACAUCAUCACUAAGGUGUCUCUCAACCGCGGCAUGAGCCACUACGUCCUCGUCGUUUACCGCCAUGCCUUCGCUACGGCUGUCAUCGCCCCGUUCGCCAUCUUUUUCGAAAGGAGAGCACAGCCCAAGAUUACUCUCCCAGUUUUCAUGCAAAUAUUUAUGUUGGCUCUUCUGGGGCCGGUGAUUGAUCAGAAUUUCUACUAUGCCGGUUUGAAAUUUACGUCUCCGACUUUCUCAUGCGCCAUGAGCAACAUGCUUCCCGCCAUGACCUUCGUGAUGGCCGUCAUAUGCAGAAUGGAAAAGGUAGACAUGAAGAGAGUGAGGUGCCAAGCAAAGGUAGUGGGAACUGCGGUGACUGUGGCUGGGGCCAUGUUGAUGACAUUAUACAAAGGUCCUAUAGUUGAGAUGGUCUGGUCUAAGCAUGUCCAUCCCCGGAAAUCCUACGUUACCGACACGACCGGAAACGGCGAGAAGCACUGGUUCAUCGGAUCCAUCUUCCUCAUCAUUGCCACUCUUGCAUGGGCUUCUUUGUUUGUCUUGCAAAACAAGGCGUUGAAUACGUACAAGAAUCACCAGCUUUCCCUCACAACACUAGUAUGCUUCAUUGGAACUCUUCAGGCCACUGCUGUCACCUUUGUUAUGGAACACAAAUCCUCUGCGUGGAAAAUUGGGUGGGACAUGAACUUACUUGCCGCUGCCUAUGCUGGGAUUGUUACCUCAAGUAUUUCAUACUAUGUACAAGGGUUGGUGAUGAAGAAAAGAGGACCUGUAUUUGCCACCGCUUUCAGCCCUUUGAUGAUGAUCAUUGUUGCCAUCAUGGGCUCCUUCAUCCUGGCUGAAAAGAUUUUUCUUGGAGGUGUUCUUGGUGCCUUGUUGAUAGUCAUUGGCCUUUACUCGGUCCUAUGGGGAAAGCACAAAGAAGGAAUUGAGAAUAAAUUAGAAGAGGAAAUACCUGAAGCCAUAAAGGGCCCUCAAGUUAAUGGAUUUUCAGUGAUCGAAGAAAUUGAAGCCAUUAAUGGAACAGAAUUGAAAAGAGCAGAGCAAAUUAUAAACGACAAGCUUAUUAUCACUUCAGUUGCCAUAAGCAUGCCCAUCCAAGAGCCUUCCAUGAAAACCAACCCAGAACCAAAAGCAGCUUAAUUAAUAAAAUUAUGGAUUAACUGCUGAUCGGUUGUAAUUAUACGGGGAUGGGCUUUUUUGUCUUUGCGU